CUGGUGUCAAUCAGUCAUCAACAUUCGGUAGCAAUGGCAACACGCUGUAGCAGUAAGGCAGCUUUGCCUUUAUGGCAUCGUCUUUCUCGAAUUUUUCUGUGUUUAGCAGGGCUUAUUCUGUCUGUAUAUGCUCUCUACGUCGAACAUAUGAAAGAAAGAAAUGAUGGUUAUACUGCAAUGUGUGAUGUAAAUGAUGAAAUAAGCUGUUCAAAAGUAUUUACAUCGAAAUAUGGCAAGGGGUUUGGACUUGUAGGACCAAUUCUUGGUGAAGAUAGCCCACUCAACUUUCCAAACAGUAUAUUUGGAAUAGUUUUUUAUUUUCUACAGUUUACUUUAGGUCAGAUACACACUGUUGAUGCUGUUUGGGGUUUGAUCUUCCUGUCAGUGUGUUCAAUAUUUGGUUGCAUCUACUUAGCGUACAUCUUGAUGUUUGUUCUCCAAGAUGCUUGUAUAGUCUGUAUCUCCACAUACAUUGUCAACGCACUUCUUCUGGUGCUGAACGUUUUAAAACUUAAUGUCGUCAAAAGACUCUCUAUUAAAAAGCGAAAAUAAUGUGCAAUCAUUUGUUUGAAAAUACUUACAGUAUAUAUGCAUACAACCUGUACCUAAGGGGGGUGGGGGUUUGAGGAUCAUAUUCCAAAGAUUUAUUUUUUUAUUUUAUUUUGUAUUUAUUUCCUUCACAUCCAGCAGCAAGUACACUUGCCACUUAAGUGAUGGAAUGAUCCUUUCUAAACCAAGCCUAGGCCUAGGGAGUGGAGUCGUUUUUUGGUUUUGUGAAAGUCCUGUAACAAGAAUAGAAUCCAGGGCCCUUGGAUUAGAAGGCAAGCAUCUGAACCUCUAAGCUAUUCAACUCCACUCCACUACAUUUAAAACAUAUUUACAAGACAGGAUUGAGUUUCAGUCAAGAUUUAACGUCUUUUUUUUUUUAAGUAGUCUUGUGUAAGACGAUUAUCAUGUCCACUGGAAGUUAACUUGUUGAUGCAUAUACACAUACAGUAUACAAUAAAUCAAUUUUAAUAAUAAUGAUAUCAAAAAAUGUUUUGAUUUAAAAAAAAUUACCACAGUCAAUUGUAUUAUUUUCUAAUCUAUAUAAUGAUAAAUAAAUGUAUGUAAUUAUGUAAUUUAUAAGUUGCUUAUAAUAUAAUAACAUAUUUCUUUAGGCUGUUUUGUAAUGGUCUUUUUAAGUCUUCUUGGACAUGUGCCCACUGCCUAAAUGGACCUACCAAUUCUUGCCUGUAGCAAGUAAAAUUUAAGAUUUUAGUAAGGUUUUCGACCAUGUUGCCAUACUAAAGUAAUCUUCAAAACUGUAGCAACAACAGACGUCAAAUACAAUAGAACCACUAUUAAGUGGACACCUUUGGCACCAAUAAAUGUCCGCUUAAUAGGGGUGUCUUCUUAUUAGGGGUACACCUAUUUAGGGGAAACUAAAUCGUGAAAUUGUCUGUCAAUAUGGUUUGGGCACGUAAUCAUAUGGGGUGUCUUCUUAUCAGGGGUACACCUAUUCAGGGGAAACUAAAUCGUGAAAUUGUCUGUCAAUAUGGUUUGGGCACGUAAUCAUAUAGCAAUGGCACAGAUUCUUAAACACUGAAAUUUACCUCAGAAUGUCUAUAAUAUAAUUGAACUAAAUUGUAACAAAAUAUGAAAAUAAAUGAAAUUAUAACAACAAAA